AUGGCGAAGGAGAGGAAGGCAGCGAGGCUCAGAGCGCCGCCGGUGACCACGACAGGCGUUCAUGAUGUGGAAAUUGAGCUGUCGAGGGAGGCAAGCCCCUACAGCUUGUCGAGCGGCAUCCUUCCUUCCCUCGGCGCUAGGAGUACUCGUAGGGUCAAGCUUCGGAGGUUCAUCGUCUCCCCGUACGCCCGCAGAUACAAAGCCUGGGAGACUUUUCUUAUCGUUCUGGUCGUUUACACUGCGUGGGCGUCGCCAUUCGAGUUCGGAUUCCUUGAGAGAUCGAGGGGAGCUCUGGCGCUGGUGGAUAACGUCGUCGAUACAUUAUUCGCAGUCGAUAUCGUCUUGACCUUCUUCGUGGCUUACGUCGACAAAACAUCUUAUCUGCUUAUAGACAGUCGGAAGAAAAUUGCUUGGAGGUACCUAUCCACCUGGUUCGUUCUGGAUCUUGCUUCCACUGUCCCUUUAGAGAUCGUCCGAAGGAUUCUACCUCGCAAGCUCGGAUCUUAUGGGUUCUUCACCAUGCUUCGGCUUUGGCGUCUCCGAAGAGUUAGCUCACUUUUCGCUCGAUUAGAGAAAGAUAGGAAAUUUAACUACUUUUGGGUUCGAUGUGCGAAGCUUACCUGUGUCACCCUCUUUCCGGUGCAUUCUGCCGGUUGCUUCUUUUACCUUGUCGCUGCAAGGUAUCAUGAUCCCAGCAGAACAUGGAUUGGGGCGUCUAUCCCCGACUUCCAUGUCCGAAGCUUGUGGGUCCGUUAUGUCACAUCAUUGUAUUGGUCAAUCACCACCCUGAGCACCGUGGGGUACGGAGACUUGCAUGCUCAAAACACAUGGGAGAUGGCGUUUACCAUUGUUUACAUGCUCUUCAACCUCGGAUUGGCCUCCUACUUGAUCGGAAACAUGACCAACUUGGUCGUGCAUGGCACCAGACGAACUAGAAAUUAUAGGGAUUCGAUUCAAGCAGCCACAGGUUUUGCUCAAAGGAACCAGCUCCCGGACCGGCUGCAAGACCAGAUGAUCUCGCAUCUCAGCUUAAGGUUCAGGAUAGAUUCUGAAGGGCUUCACCAGCAAGAAACACUCGACACCCUUCCUAAAGCCAUUCGUUCCAGCAUUUCCCACCUUGUUUACUUGUUCCGGGGGGUCUCUCAUAAUAUGCUUUUCCAGCUGGUGUCAGAAAUGAAGGCUGAAUACUUUCCAAGGGAAGAUGUCAUCUUGCAAAACGAAUCGCCUACAGACCUUUACAUAGUAGUCACCGGCAUUAUGGAUUUGAUUGAUCAUAGGAGCGGAGCCGAACAGGUUUGUGGAGUGGCAAAGACAGGUGAUGUUGCUGGGGAGAUAGGAGUCCUUUGUUGCCGACCACAAGCGUUGACAGCACGAACAAGGUCAUUGUGCCAACUCCUGCGUUUGAAUCGUACCACGUUCCUCAGCAUCGUUCAGUCCAACGUUGGAGAUGGCACCACAAUCGUGAACAAUCUGCUUCAGUAUCUGAAAGCGCAGGAGGAUCCUGUGAUGAUGCGCGCGCUGCGGGAGAUAGAGAACAUGCUGGCGCAGGGGUGAUUGGAUUUGCCUCGACUCUAUGUUUUGCAGUCACACAAAUGAACUGUUUUGGCCUUCUCCUCUUUUUCUUUGCCCGCUCGGACACCUCCUUUGGCCGAAACGAAAGUGAAAGAAUAAUACAGGAAAAAGCUGAUAAGAAAGGACGAAACAGAGAGGACAGUGACGAGCGGCCAGCCUGUGCCACUACUCUCUUGCUCUUCUUUCGCGUCUCCAUAAUUUUUAGGUGGGAUAGCAAGACAAGAAAACCUCUCACAGAGGAGAUUGGUCCGUCGGGCUCCAUCCCAAGACACCAUCUCCUGCUGCACGGUUCCCGAACCGCUGUUGCCGUGAUACCUGCUGUAAGGCUUCGAGCUUACCGGAGCCGAAUUCCUCACGACUAAUAUUACGAUUCCAUGUACUGCUUUGAGAGGCACAUAAAAUACGUCUAGAAAAGCUGCAUGUAAUUUUGCCUCUCAACGUCGAUUGCCACGAGAAACAAGCAGCAUCGAUGUAUUUUGCUAUCUACCGCCGAACUUGUGCUUAUGUAGCGCUUU